GCUGAUCAGCAGCGGAGGAAAAACCAAGGGCCAUGGAGACGGGUAUAAAAACCUUAGGCCUUAAUACACUGUGGAGAUUAAUUACACGCUCUUCUGUCUACUAAAGAUCAUGAGGAAGAGGAAGAACUGGAAACCACAGGAGGGCCUCUGUUCGUUUCUAUGAAGUCUCAAUGAAAGCAUUGGAGCAGCUGUAAUAUUUGACUCAAUGGCAAAGAAGGGACGCACCAAGGGCGAGAAGCCCGAAGCGCUCAUCUCUGCUUUACAGGCAGCUAACGAAGAUCUCAGGUCCAAACUGACUGACAUUCAAAUAGAACUUCAUCAAGAGAAAUGCAAGGUGAGUAAAUUGGAGCGUGAGAAGGUGCAGGAGUGCAAGCGCAUCCGGGAGCAGGAGCAGCACCGGCACACGGCCACGCUGACAGAGCAGCGAGCCAAAUGGCACGAGGAGAAGCAGAAGGAGCUCCAGGCGCUCAGAGAGAACCUGGUCCGCCAGCACGAGCAGGAACAGGCCCGCACCGCCAAGAUCAAGGACCAAGAGAACCAGCGGCUCAAGGCGGCGCUGAGCCUCAUGCGGGACGGCAGCGGAGAGAAGGUGCGCACAGCAUUGACCCUGGAGGCCAAAGAAGAGGCGCGGCGCUUCUUCGACGUGGAGAGGGUCAAGCUGCUGCAGGAGAUCUCCGAGCUCAAGCAGACCAAGAAGCAGACAGACGAGGCGCUCAGCACCAUGAUCCAAGCAGAUAAGAUGAAGGCUGGGGACCUGCGCUCCGAGCACCAGAUUCACCAAGAGCAGAUUUCCAAGAUCAAGUGGGACAGCGAGAGGGACAUCCGCAGACUGGUGGAUGAGAUCAAGUCUAAAGAGCGCACCAUCUUCUCUCUGGAGAAGGAGUUGGAGAAUGCCAUUGGCUUGCUGCAGAAGCUGCAGAUGCAGAAGGAUGCUCUGGACGACCAGCUGUUCCUGGUCAAGGAGGCAGAGUGUAACCUGGGCAGCCCCAAGAGAGAGAUCCCUGGACGGGCUGGGGACGGGGCAGAACACUGUGGCAGCCCGGUACGACAUAGAAAGGCAGAGGGGAACUUGGAAAUGGACAUGCGCAGGAACCAGAGGCGCAUGGCUGACCUCAACUCCACCAUCCGCAAGCUGGAGGACCGCAACUCACUGCUGGUGGAUGAGAGGAAUGAACUGCUGAAGCGUGUGCGGGAGUCUGAGAAGCAGUGCAAGCCCAUGCUGGAAAAGAACAAGGUGCUGAAUAAGAGGAAUGAUGACCUCAGCCAGACCCUGCAGCGCAUGGAAGAGAAACUCAAAGGCCUGGCCAAGGAGAACCUGGAGAUGAAGGAGAAGAUCAGCUCCCACCUGCCACUGAAGAAAGCCAACUGUAAGUCUCUGAAUGAUCUGGACCAGGCGCAUGAUGACCAGGAGAUUGAGUUCCUCAAGCUGCAGGUGCUGGAGCAACAAAGCAUGAUCGACGAGCUGACAAGAGAUAGGGAAAAACUAUUGCGGAAGAAGAGGCAUAAACGAAGCAACAGACCAAUAAAGAGACACAUUGUAGUGGACACCUUCUUUGGAUACGAUGAGGAAUCCAUGGACUCAGAGACGUCCUCCGUGGCUUCGUUUCGCAUGGACCGCACUCCAGCCACUCCUGAUGAAGACCUGGAUGAGGGGCUGGUCAAUGAGGAGUCGGAGCUGCGCUUCAGGCAGCUGACCAGAGAAUACCAGGCCCUACAGAGGGCAUACGCCCUGCUGCAGGAACAUCAAGGGGGCCUUCUGGACGCUGAGAUAGAAGCUAAGGCUCAGGAGCAGCUACAUGCAGACAUUCUCAGGUACAAGGCCAAGAUAGAAGACCUGGAGAAGGAGCUCGCCCACAAAGGACAGGACUCCAAGUGGGUAGAGGAGAAACAGCUGUUCUUCAGGAGGAAUCAGGAGCUGCUGGAAAAGGUGGAGAAGUUAGAUGCAAAAUGUGGGCGACAGCAACAGGAGCUGCAAGACUCCAAGGACCAGAAUGAGCUCUUGGAAUUCAGAAUACUGGAACUAGAGGAGCGUGAGCGAAAGUCCCCUCCGUUUAAUCAUCUCCGCAUGCAUCCGUUCUCCGAGGGUGUCAGCGCCCUACAGAUCUACUGUAUGAAGGAAGGAGUGAAGGAUGUCUGUGUACCUGACCUGAUCAAGCUCCUAGACAUUCUGGGUGAUAAUGGGAACUUGCGAAAUGAGGAGCAAGUGGCCAUUAUUCAAGCUAGCACUGUCCUCUCUCUUGCUGAAAAGUGGAUACAACAGAUUGAGGGAACAGAGGCAGCGCUGCACCAGAAGAUGAUUGACCUGGAGCUCGAGAUGGAGAUGUUCUGUAAGCAGAAAGGCUAUCUGGAGGAGGAGCUGGACUACAGGAAGUCAGCCCUGGAUCAGGCCUACACGCAAAUCCAGGAGCUGGAGGCUACUCUCUACAACGCGCUGCAGCAGGACAAGGUGAUCGGGUACGGCGAGCCUCUGAGUGACAUGCAGAAGGACGAGCUACGUACGUCUGUGGAGAAGCUACGCAGACAGAUGCUGAGGAAGAGCAGAGAGUUCGACUGUCAGGUUCUGGCUGAGAGGAUGGAGCUGCUCCACCAGGCCCAUCAGAGAAUCCGAGACCUGGAGGAUAAGACAGACAUUCAGAGGAGACAAAUUAAGGAUCUGGAGGAGAAGACAGCGUGGAAACCUGAAGAUUGUGUUUGUGACUGCAGUGGGUUUUAUUUUGGGGAGGAGAGAGUCGACUUUGUGACUCAUAUUGUAACAGUGAGUGGAUAUGGAACUGUUGUGUGUUGGACAUGGCUGGGAAUUCACAUCUGUUUGAUUUGGGACCUCACUCUGGGGAUAUACAUAAUGUAUGCUGCACUGCACUGGACUGAUCCUUGGACCAUGGAACUUCUCUCAACUCAGUGGGAUAACUGGAACAGAACCCUCAGUCGGAAAACACACACACACGUGUAAACAGUCAUAUACACUGUACACGCUGAUACAAACAUACUGGAAACACACACACACACACACGCAUGCACACACACAUCAACCCACUUUUAAAGACAAAGGAAACCAAAGUCUAGGAGAUCUUAUCUCUGCCAUGCAGGGGAACGCUACACCAUCCAUCUACUCCAAGACUACACCCUGGCUACAUACCGGCUACUCCCAGACUACCCCCUGACUACCCCCAGAGUACCCCCCAGACUACCCCCAGAGUACCCCCAGACUAACCCCAGAGUACCCCCGACUACCCUAGCCUACCUCCAGAGUACCCCCGACUACCCCAGAGUACCCCUUGACUACCCCCAGAGUACCCUCCGACUACCCCCAGACUACACACAGAAGAGGACAGGAAAGACUGCUGUAGGCUACAUCAACAGGCCUCACCAGACCACAGUCCUUCCAACUCUCUCCCUCUCCUCUCUCUCUUAUAAACCUGAUCGGACGCUCUUAUGUGUGAAUGCACCCCUUCACAGGAGUGACGAGACAUGAUCAGGGCCUGUGAGUGUGGUGACUGACUGAUCUGAUGGUGACUGAAUGACUGAUCUGAUGGUGACUGUCUGAUCUGAUGGUGACGGACUGACUGACUGUUCUGAUGGGGACUGACUGACUGUUCUGAUGGUGACUGUUCUGAUGGUGACGGACUGACUGUUCUGAUGGUGACUGACUGACUGUUCUGAUGGGGACUGACUGACUGUUCUGAUGGGGACUGAUGGACUGUUCUGAUGGUGACUGACUGUUCUGAUGGGGACUGACUGACUGUUCUGAUGGUGACUGACUGUUCUGAUGGUGACUGUUCUGAUGGGGACUGACUGACUGUUCUGAUGGUGACUGACUGACUGUUCUGAUGGGGACUGACUGACUGUUCUGAUGGUGACUGUUCUGAUGGGGACUGACUGACUGUUCUGAUGGUGACUGACUGACUGUUCUGAUGGUGACUGUUCUGAUGGUGACUGACUGACUGUUCUGAUGGGGACUGACUGACUGUUCUGAUGGGGACUGAUGGACUGUUCUGAUGGUGACUGACUGUUCUGAUGGGGACUGACUGACUGUUCUGAUGGUGACUGACUGUUCUGAUGGUGACUGUUCUGAUGGGGACUGACUGACUGUUCUGAUGGUGACUGACUGACUGUUCUGAUGGGGACUGACUGACUGUUCUGAUGGUGACUGUUCUGAUGGGGACUGACUGACUGUUCUGAUGGUGACUGACUGACUGAUCUGAUGGUGACCCACUGACUGUUCUGAUUGGGAUGGACUGUUCUGAUUGUGACUGACUGAUCUGAUGGUUAUUGACUGACUGUUCUGUGACCAGGAGGCACAGGACAUGGGACACCCAGGAUAAUGUGUCUCCUCUGGUCUCAGACCAGCUGAAACAGCUCAGGUGAUGGCAGAGAUAGAGAAGUACGGGAGAGAGGAUCCACUAUGUGCUCACACACGGACCCACCAGAUAUCCUUUUCAACAGAAGACCAAGGAUUCUGUUUGUAGACUUUAACUGUCAUUUUUUAAACCAGCAGACAGAAUGGAAUUAGGUCUCUGGUUCUACUUCCUUUCCUUUUUUAAUAAACCAAAAGUCCCAGUCGAUCCCCAUGUACCAAGAUUUCCACAGAGAAAAAAGAAGACCCUCUAUAUGGCUGUGUAAUAUAUAGAUUUGUUGAUAUGUACAUGUGUCUUGAUGAUUUCUGUAGUCUCUUUUCUUCUUUCUGUGAAUAUGACCUCUUUCUCCUCUGCAGCUUGAACAGUAGAACUACUCAGCCGUUUCUAAAUACUCCAACGUAUGAAACACUCUGUUUAUUGUGGUGACAGCUGCAAAUGAACUUUACUUCCUCAAUUGUACUGAACUUAAAAUAAUUGGAAUAUCGAUAUUCUCCUCCACUCUUUUUCCUUUCACAUUCCCUCUCUUUUGUACUCUUUCAAGAUGGUCAAUUGUAGCCUACCAGCAGGAGUUUCAUGGUUUAUACUGAAUGACGAUUACCACUCCCUUUAAAUGAACAGUAAACACUACGUCCCAGCUACCUACCUGCAUCCUAAACAGCUUUGGCUGAUUCUGGUCAUUGUCUUCUCAGCAAAUCGAUCAGGAAUACUGUAAAACGAAAAGGAAUACUGUACCUCUUUCAGCAAUGACAUGCCUUUUUGCUCUACUGUAUUUAACUAACACCUCUUUCAGCACCAUGGACACCACAGGGGUUGGUUCUAACCUUACUAACCCACCAUCCCCAUCACCCAACUGAAAUAGGAGAAAGUUGACGAAAUGUCUACCUGCUGGUUCUGCUUCUCUCCUUUCACCCUGACUAUGUCCUGGUCUUGCAAUAUUAACUACAUGUCCCUGUCCAACCCCUCACCCACCCACGCUAGCUCCCCCACCCGGCCCUAUUUAGCGGCCUAGGAACCCAAAGCAUCCCAUUACAUACCUGUACAUGUCCCACUUCUCUUACAUUACACUGUAGGAGAAUGAUUGACACUAUUUUGGAACAAACUCAGCCAACUAGAGAUUGCCUUAAAUGCGCUUUCCCCAUCAAUUUGUAAGUUGUUUUUAAUGAUUAUGUUUUUGAUCAGUUAGUAUGAUUAUGUAAUGUUGUACAUUUCUUUUCACCGAGGACAUUGAUUUGUGUAUCUUUACCCUCCUGUCUUCCAACGAGAAUUUAACCCCCUCCGCUUCUUUCAAGUAUAUUAAACAAACAAAAAGGGAUAAUGAUGAAAAUAAAAGUUCAUGGCUUGCAGUUU